GUACUCUGUUCUCUUCGGUUCUCUGCUCCCAAUUUCACACGAACCGGAGUCAUCUAGCACCACCGCCAACACAUGGCGGCCGCCACCACUACCAGCGAGCGAACCAGCGCGAAGAUCCUGCUCUCUUCGCUUUCGGCCAUGGUCGCUGAAUCGGCCACAUUCCCCAUAGACCUCACCAAGACGCGCCUCCAGCUCCACGGCCAGUCCCUCCCCUCCUCCUCAUCCUCCACUCGCCCCACCGCCACCACCGCCUUCCGCGUCGCCGCCGACAUCGUCCGCCGGCAGGGUCUUCUCGGCCUCUACCAAGGCCUGUCUCCCGCGAUCAUCAGGCACCUCUUCUACACUCCGAUUAGGAUCGUCGGUUACGAGAAUCUGAGGAAUGCGGUUGAUGCGGGCGAUCGGUCCCUCUCUCUCCUCAGCAAGGCUCUCCUCGGCGGAGUUUCUGGAGUCGUAGCUCAGGUUGUGGCGAGCCCCGCAGAUCUUGUCAAAGUGAGGAUGCAAGCCGAUGGUCGUAUGGUUAGCCGCGGUCUUCAACCUCGGUACUCUGGGCCUUUGGAUGCUUUCAGGAAGAUUGUACGUGAAGAAGGUGUCUCAGGGCUUUGGAGAGGGGUUUUUCCGAAUGCGCAGAGAGCAUUCCUUGUGAACAUGGGGGAAUUGGCGUGCUACGAUCAGGCUAAGAGAUUCGUUAUUCAGAAUCGAAUUGCUGAAGAUAAUAUAUUCGCCCACACCUUGGCAUCGAUCAUGUCAGGUCUAUCAGCUACAGCUCUGAGCUGUCCAGCUGAUGUGGUAAAGACGAGAAUGAUGAAUGAGGCAACAUACAAGGACGGUAAAGCAGUGUAUCUAAGCUCUUAUGAUUGCCUGGUGAAGACUGUAAAAUUUGAAGGCAUAAAAGCUCUUUGGAAGGGCUUUUUCCCGACAUGGGCGAGGCUUGGUCCUUGGCAAUUUGUGUUCUGGGUUUCUUAUGAAAAAUUUAGAACAAUUGCAGGCAUGUCAUCUUUCUGAUGAAUUUGAGCGGUAUCUUUUGUCUGCGGUCACUUUGCAUUGGGUGCAAGGGUAAAAGUAUGGUCAAUUUGCCCUAGGUAGUCAUAAGUUAUCAUCACUUGCUCUUCACCUUGAAAAUUUGUCUGAUGAAUUACAGGUGUAGCCAACAAGGCAAGAACAAUGUGAUAAUAAUCCAUUUCAGGAUUGCACUAGGGAAAAUGGUGGAGAUGGUCAUCAAUGUUGUUACUUGUUUUUGGCUUUUAAAUGGAUAUUGAGAUUCCUCUGUUUGAAAUCCCUCUUCUCUCCAUAUUCCCGACACUAACUUAUUACGACUUCUGUCUUGCUUCAAAGACAUUUCUUAUACGUCAACAUAUCGAUCUCUGUCA